CUGAAUGAAUCCAAGCAACUCUGUUGUUUUCUGAAAUGAACAGUGAACCUUGCAAGAGCAUUUCAAGUCUGCUUUAAUGUAUGAAGUCCCAUUUUGAAACACCAUGUCAAAUGAAGCCAGUUCGGAGCAGAAGCUUUCUACGACAACAGUCAGUUCUGUUGCUGUUCAGGCUGGGGAUGCCAGUAUUGUUAUAGCUGUACUUAAGUGUGGAAAAUGGGUGAAGCUUCAGCUGGCUGAAUCAACACCGAAUUUAUUAGAAAUUGGCAGCAAUCAAGAUGAGACUAAAAAACUACUGCAGGAUCACGAAUUCCUCCUAGCUAAACUUAAGGCUUUGGAAGACCAGGUAUGGGACCUGCUGCAUGAAGCAGACAAGGCUGCAGAGGAGAACAAAGAAAAGAGUCAGGUUUAUGAUGCCAUGGCGGAGACCCUUGGGGAUGCAUGGGAUGCCCUCAUCGUUAUGUUAGAGAAGCGACAGGCACUUCUGGAACUUACUUCAGUGUUCUUUGAAAAUGCUCUGGAGUUUGCUGUUAAAAUUGACCAAGUUGAAGAUUUCCUGAAAAAUGCCCAAGAGUUUGACAAUAUUGACUCUUUGAGAGAACUCCUUCUGCAACAAGAGCAUCAUACAAAAGAGCUUUUGGAAAAGUCACUUGCACUUUUAAACAAAAGCCAAGAGCUAACUGAAUUCAUAGAAGAAUUCAAAUGUGAAGGGCCAAAUGCAAAUCCAGAGCUGAUUCAGGGAGCCCACAGCAGCUGCUUGAAAAUUGACAAUCUCCUUGAAAUGCUACAAGACAGGAGACGGCAACUGGACAGAUUUCUUAAACAUCGGCGCCAAGGACUGGAGCAGGUUCUGCAAAUUUUUUUGUGGCAUCAGCAAGAGAACCAGGUAACAUCUUGGUACAAGAAAAAUAUCAGAGAUUAUUUUCACAAGCAAAACUUAGGCUCAUCUCUAUUGGAAAAUGAAGAGUUACUUCAAGAGCUUGAAGAAAUGGAAGUCAAAGUGAAAGAAUGGAAUUCUACUGUGGAACAAUUGGAAACUGAAGCACUUAAGAUCUUGCUUUCAGAGGACUAUGCAGAAAAAGACCAUCUAAAGCUUUCAAAUCAGAAAAUCUGUCUGUUGCGAGAAGAAGUGUGCUUCCACAUGGAAGAAAGGAAAGCCCUGCUACAAGAGGCCAAUGACUUUUUUCAUACUGCUGGCAAGGUAUUUGAUGGUCUUGAAGGUAUUGAGAAUUACCUUAAAAUCUUUAAUUCAGAAGGCUUACAUUUGCCUAUCUUGAUAAAGAAUUAUGAGGAAUUACAGGAAGCAAUUAAAGGUUGCACAGCGACUACCUUGCAAAAGGGACAAACUUUAGUUAAUAAAGCAGAUUCUCACAGCUCUUGGGUGACAGGAAUUCAGAAAAUGAUGGCAUACGUUCAAAAAAAAGUAGAUCAAUUAAUCAGGCAGUGUCCAGAUUACAAACUUACCUUGAAGAAACAACAAUGGACCGCCUCACUUGAAGAUUGUCUAAAUAAGGUAUCGCAGUCAAUUAAAAAAAUCACCCCAAUGCUUGCAGCUGAUAUGGAGAUUGGUUCGUAUUUGUCUGAGUCAGAAAGAGUUUUGAACAAACACCUUGAACUGGCUAAACAAACAAAGGAAACUUCACAUGAACUGGAAGCAGCUGAGAGAAUCAUCAAAGAUAUGGAAGAGUUUGAACCUGAGCAGGUGGCAGCUUUUUCUAGCAGAGCUGACUUUCUGAAUGAAGAACUGAAAAAAAUUGAAAAAAAUAUUAGUUCAAAACUAGAAGUUCUAGAAACUUAUGGGGCCUUUUUAAAGUCAGCUAUGGAGGUGAACGAUGAUAUUCAAAAUCUGAAGGAAUUCUAUAAAUCGGAACCACUACAAACAAACAGGGAGGCUGAAAAUAAAGUUGCAAUGGAGUCAUCUAAUAUUGAGUGGCAAAAGGCUAUAAAGAAGAUUUUUUCCACCCAAAAUAUGGGUUGCAAUUUUCUUAAUUUAGUAAAUAUGGUAAAUAAGAGUUUAAUAUUAAAAGUAGAAAAAUCUGUACGAGUAACAGAAGAUAUCAUUGUUAAUCUGAGUAAAGAAAAGAAAGAGCUGACCGAUCUUUGGGCAAUCUGGAAUUUAAAAAUUGCUCAAGUAAAACCCAUCAAGCAACAGUGCUGGAUAUUUAAAGAGCAACUAAAAAUUACUACCCAUGGAUUAGAGAUUCUUCAAGAGGCACUCCAGCUUGCAGCAACAGUUGACCUUGGAAGUGACCUUUCUAUUGUUUUGGACCUACAAAAAAAGCUUAACCAAAUGAAACCACAGUAUCAGCAACUGAAUGCUGAGCUUGAGUACCUGAUAAAACUAUUAGAAUUGCCAAGCCAGAAAGGAUUUCCAGUGAAAGAGAAUUCUGAGAGAAUAAGUGAGCUUGUUCAUUUCCAUCAAACAGUAGAGGACACAAUGACAGAAUAUGAUGAGAUUUUCAGCAAGACAGUCAAAUUCCAUCACAUUAAAGAAGAACUGGAAUGUCUGUCAAAAUCAGGAGAACUGGACAUUCCUGAAAUAUGUGAGGACCCUGAAAAUGUGCACCAUGCUAAAGCCUACCUUGUGAAUGCUCAGGAGAAACAUGCACAUAUCAGACAGCUAUAUAAUCUGCUUAUUACCCUGGGAGUGGAUAUCUUGUCUGCAGUGCAGCAACCUAAUUGCUUGAAUUUUUCUGUAAAGAAUCUGAAGCAAGAACUUGCUAGAUUUGAGUGUGAUAGCAUUAACUGGAGCUCCAAAGCUGAUAAGUAUGAGGAAGAACUGUCACAGCAUUUCCAACACUACACCACUCAAGAGGAGAUAAAUGAGCUCAGAGAAUCAUUUAAGGAUCUCAAAAAGAAAUUCAACAAUUUGAAGUUUAACUAUAUGAAGAAAACUGAAAAAUCUCGAAAUUUGAAAGUACUUAAAAUACAGAUUCAGCAAGUUGAUACAUAUGCAGAGAAAAUACAGAUUCUUAACAAGAAGAUGGAUAAUUUAGAGAAGAAAGUCAUUGGCUCUGUAGCAAAUGAACCUAAUGCUAAAGUUAGAGUCCUCUUGGGGUCAAUCAGUGACUUACAAAAACAGCUGAAUGACUUUAGCAGAGUUGUGGAGGAUUACAAGCAAAAUCUGUAUCUUGUGGAGCAUCUGCAACAGAUGAUGGAAGAGUGUCAAUUUUGGUUUGAAGAUGUGAGUGCAACAGUUGUUAGAGUUGGCAAGUAUUCUGCAGAAUGCAAAACAAGAGAAGCAAUAGACACUCUCUACAAGCAAUUCAACAAGUUUAUUGAGCCUACAGUGCCUCAACAAGAAGAAAAAAUUCAGCAGAUUAUAGACCUAGCUAAACGGUUAUAUGGUAUUGAAGAAGGAAAGAAGUAUGCUGAAAAAGCCAUAUUAAAGUACAAAGAAAUCAUUAAUUCUAUUGAUCAGUUGUGUAGAUCUCUGAAAGAACUUAAGGAGAUUAAGAAAGAUGAGUUUUCUGAAGAGUUGGUUACUGUUCAAAAAGAAGACAGAAAUGGUCAAGAAGCGUAUGAGGCUGAUAUUAAAGACAAACCAGAGGAACAAAAGCAGCAGAUGGCAUCAGGUAAACGGCUUACAAAUUCAGAAAACAUUACGGAGAAGAGAAACAAUACUUUGUCUCCUACCAACACUAAACAGGAGAGGAAUAAAUUGGCUGAUAUUCCAAUUAUCUGUCCAGCUGGUGAGGAUCUUGUUUCACAGGAUACAGAGCUGUCAUCUUCAGCCAAAGAAGAUAGUUUACAGACUGAAUUCCUGGCAGAAGAACUACCCUCCGGAGAUGAAUAUGAGUGUAUAUCACCUGAUGAUAUCUCUUUACCACCGCUUUCUGAGACACCAGAAUCCAACCUCUUACAUUCUGAAACAGAGCUAGAAGAGCAGUGCUGUUGUAGCUCUCAUAGUCUGCAUGUCAGUUCCUAUAGCUUGCAAAUGCAGAAAACCACUAGUAUUAAAAAAGCAAUGGAAGUGUCUGAUCUCUUAACAAAUUCUGCUUAUGCUGAUACUACAAAUAAUAGAAUGGAAAGCCCAUCAGAUCAGUCUGAGAAGUUUUGUAUCUCUUCAACAGAUUCUGGUCCAAAAGUCAGAGAAGUAUCUCCUUUGACUAGUAGCUUACAAGGAAUAUCUGAAGCUAGCGCUGCUUCUUGCACGAUAAAUGCCAAACCGCUAUAUAGCAUGAUGAGUGAAGUGUGCAAAACACAUUUGCAACACCUUGAACUUCAUAAAAGCAUGGCAGAAACACAAGAACAAUUGCAUGACUUGAAUAACUGUACUAAAACCCGGGACAGGUUGCAUGCUUUGCCUGAUGCAUUCUCAGGUUUCGUGUUUCAAUCAGACGCCACCAGAAGCUGUCAGAGGCAGAUGGUCACUCGAGAAGAGAUUAAAAGUUCAUCAGAAAAGAACAGCAUGGCCAGCCUAACUGGACAGGUGCCUAACUUCUCCCAGCUUCUGUCUAACAAAACCGUCAUGGAAGGUUCUCCGGUAACUUUGGAAGUAGAAGUAACGGGAUUCCCAAAGCCUACACUGACAUGGUACAAGAAGGGCCAGAAACUGACUGCAGAUGAGCACUUAAAGCUUUUACAAAAGGAGACAAAGCAUACUUUGUUCAUUCGAAAGGUGUGUGAUAAAGAUGCUGGCCUCUAUGUUGUUCGGGCUAAAAAUUUGAACGGCACUAUCUCAUCAAGUGCCAUUCUCCACGUGAAAGUACAAGGAAAACAGCCAAACUUCAUACAAAAAUUUGGACAUACAACUCUACAAGAAGGAGAAGAUUUAAUCCUGCAUUGCACUAUACAUGGAAAGCCCAAACCACAUGUCUGCUGGAUGAAGGAUGAUAUCCACAUGGUAUCCGGAGACAUCAGUAUUGAGAAAUUAGGAGAUACCUAUUACCUUUUAAAAAGAAAUGUAGUCCUUGCUGAUACUGGGAAAUAUAUCUGUGUUGCCAGCAAUGAAAAUGGAAAGGCACAUUGUUCUGCUUUCGUAACAGUGAUAGAGAAAAAUAAAACCCCAGAAAUUUCCACUGUAACUCAGGCUAAAUCAGAAUGGGAAGAUGGAUACCUGUCAGAAGUGAAUGUCACCACAACUGAGCUAGUACCAGCCCAUGUCACACAUUGUGCGGGAGAUCAGAAGCCAGUGGCUAAACACCUCCCAGUAAGGUUUAAAGAGAAACUCUGGCUUCAAGGAGUGUAUCUUGAACUUGAGAGGCCACAAGAGAUUAGCUUCAAUUUGGAACAUGAUCCUGGUCUUCUCCCUGCUGCAGAGGAUCAGAAGAUGGACUGAACUGCAAGGUGCCUGAUUCAUGAGGGUGUUCAUGUUGUCUGCUGUGUCCAUUAGUAGAUAUUGGCCAUGUGUGAGGAGAAGAAGUAUCUUUGAGUGCUAUUCGAUUUAUAUAUAGGUUACAAUUUGUAUUUGGUUUCUUUGUAAAUAAAUCAUUAAUAAAAUUCA